CCCUCGUCGUCCUCUUGCGCGCCGGCCUUCUCCGUGCCGGGCGCCCACAUGGGGUUGUUGGUCACAUCACGCGCGAGGCGCACGAUCGACGGGGACGGCGCGGUCGUGUAGCUCGUGAACGUUGAGCCGUCGGAGAGCACGACGCGCUGCGGGAAGAUGGCUGGCAGCGGCAGGGGGAGCCCGGGCGCCUUGCGCGUGUGCGUCUUCGACUUCCAUGGCACGGUGGGCUUUGCUGCGCGCGACGACGCGGCGCGGCUGGACGACGGGGUCGGCGCCGCGCGCAGUGGUCGCACGGCGGAGCGGGCGAGGGACAUGGCGUGGGGGGGUAGGGGGGUGGCGGGGCAAGAGAAAGGCAGUGGUGGAGCGGGUUGUAUGUGUGCCCUCGUUCUAGUCCGAUUGGUCGUGCUCGCUCGGUGCGGUUGUGCUGUCGCUGUUGUUGUUUUGUUGUGGCUGAAGGUGGUCAAGUGCACUCGCUUUCGACAUUUUGCGCAUCCUCGAGCAAGAUGCAACUUGUGCCGAAAGGCACAGGGACGACCGUGGGAAAGUGGCCCGCGGACGACUCCAAGAUCUAGGUGGCCAAGUUUCAGGCGCGUCGGCGUCAAUGUGCGUCACAUCGCACAUCGCGACACGCUCACCACAUCACCCACACACACGCAAUGGCCAAAUCCCGCUUUGAAUACGUCAAGAACUACGAGCUGCCCGACCCGCUCCUCCCGAACGCGCACAUCGUGGUGCGGGUCGACGGGCGGGGGUUCCACAAGUUCUCCGACGCGCACAACUUUGAAAAGCCGAAUGACCAGCGCGCGCUGGAUCUCAUGAACGCCGCUGCGCGCGCCGUCAUGGACGAGUUUGGCGACGUCGUGCUGGCGUUUGGCCAGAGCGACGAGUACAGUUUCCUCAUGCGGCGCUCGACAAACGUGUACAGCCGGAGAAGAAGUAAGAUCAACUCAACCGUCGCGUCCAUCUUCACAUCCGCGUACGUGUUCAACUGGGCAAAGUACUUCCCCGGCGCGGAGCUGCUGUACCCGCCCACAUUCGACUCGCGCGUUGUGCUCUACCCCGGGGAGAAGGAGGUGCGGGAUUACUUUUCCUGGCGGCAGGCGGACAGUGAGUGGUGCGGCUGGGCCGUGGACGCGGACGGUAGUGGCGGUCCAGUGCACUGUCUACGGCGUGGCGGCGGCGUGCCCAUGAGCCCUCGACACCGGCUGACACCACCCCCAGCUCACAUCAACAACCUGUACAACACGUGCUUCUGGGCGCUGGUGCACGACGGUCAGACGCCACGAGAAGCGAACAGGACGCUACAGGGCACAAACUCAAAGGACAAGAACGAGCUCCUCUUCUCCCGCUUCGGCACAAACUACAACGACAUUCCGCCAUACUUCCGCAAGGGCAGCGUGCUGGUCCGCGUCGACCCGAACCCCGUGCCCGUUGUGCUGCUGGAAGCCGACGACGACGCAGACGACGACGGGGACGAGGACGCAACGCCCGAAGCGGCCCUCGCGAGCGCCGUCGAGAAGCGCCUGUCGGUCGAGGCGGCGGCCAAGGCCAACGGUGAGGACGCAUCCGGGCCCAAGCAGGCCGGCGGGAGCGCCAUGCCCACCACCGAGGCGGCGCACGCCAAGAAGGCCAAGCCGUACGAGGGCACCACGGGGGAGAUUGUCGUUCUCCACGAGGAUAUCAUCCGCAACCCGUUCUGGCGGGCACGGCCAUGGCUCCUGGCGUAGGCCGUAGGCUAGGUCGUCGCGGCGUUUACGGUGACGUUGGGCUGGACUCGGCGCCACGGUGCAGGACGCAGGUUGGGCAGCGGCCUGCCCUGCCACUACCUCCUACCCCAGCAUGUAUCAUAGCAGUACAUACAACGCAUAUGCCAUCAAUCCUGACAGGCUCCUCACCCCAGAAGCAACGGGUCGAGCCACUGCGCCGCCAGCAGCGCCGCGACCCACCCGAAAAUGACGAUCGAGGUAGUCUCCCAAGGCCGCGUCGGCAACAACACGCGCAGCCCGAAGCCGGCGCUCAUGCCGCCGAGCAGCCUCGUGCCCGCCCAGACGCGGUUCGCGCCAGACCACGCAGCGACGACGCCGUCCUCGGCCGCCUUGAUGCUGUCCGCGAGCGCUGCGGGCAGGGCAGCGACCACGCGUUCUGGGAGCACGCUCGCCGACGCCGCGGUGGGGAGGAGCGUCUCGUGGAUGCUCGCUGGGGGCGCGUACCAUAUGCUCAGGGCGAGCUGGAGGAGGAGCGGGAAGAGGGUCGUGUACAGCAGUACGAGGGGCACGAGCUCUGGCACGAAGGAGCGUUGUCUUCCGUCCCGCGAGCUCAAGCUGCCGCCUUUUCUGGCGGGGUACCACCCCCGCGCGUAGAGGAUAGCGAGGGCGAGGGCCAGCGUCGCUGCGUGCUGCGCGAGC